AGAAAAUAUACGAUUCAACUCGCAUCACUGAUCUGGAUGAUUGGAUCAGCAGUCCAAUGUUCAGUGCAAAACCGCGCGCAGCUGGUCUGCGGCCGCUUCAUCUCCGGUCUGGCUAUCGGUCUCUGCUCGUCCCAAGUUCCCGUGUACCUUUCUGAGCUGUCGCCCAAGAAGAUCCGUGGUCGGCUUGUUGGUUUGUUCCAAUGGGCUGUCACCUGGGGAAUUUUGAUUAUGUUUUACAUUUCCUACGGAUGCACGUUCAUCGACGGACCCUCGUCGUUCAGACUGGCGUGGGGUCUGCAGAUGGUUCCCGGCGCGCUGCUGUUUGCGUCGCUUUUCUUUUUCCCUGAAUCGCCCCGAUGGCUUGCCGCGCACGACAGAUGGGAAGAGUCGCUUGAGAUUAUCAGACACGUGCAGGGUACCUAUGGUGGACCCGACUCCGAUGAGGUCUUGGUCGAGAUCCAGGAGUUGAAGGAGGCGGUAAGAAUUGAUAAGGAGUCUGCGGAUAUGUCUUAUCUGGACCUCUUUAAGAAGGGAUCGCGGCUACGCACGUUCGUUGGUGCGUCGGCGCAGAUCUGGCAGCAGAUGACGGGUAUGAACGUUAUGAUGUACUACGUCGUCUACACGUUUGAGAUGGCGGGAUACCAAGGCAACACUAUGCUUGUUUCGUCGUCGAUCCAGUACGUUAUUAAUAUGGUGAUGACCGUUCCCGCUCUGCUGUUCAUCGACAAGUGGGGUCGUCGUCCGCUUCUCAUCUUUGGCGCUAUCGGCAUGUGCGUCUGGCUGUUUGCAGUCUCUGGACUGAUGGCGCAGUACGGCCACUACGUCGACGCGCUCGACGGCAACACAAACAUCCGAUGGUACGUGGCUUUCAAGCCUGCCGCAAAGGCAAUCAUCGCGUGCAACUACCUCUUCGUGGCGGUGUUUGCCAUGACCUGGGGUCCUGGUAUUUGGAUCUACGUCUCUGAGAUCUUCCCGAUGAAGCAGCGUGCUAUCGGCAACGGCUUCUGCGGCGCCUGGAACUGGAUCUUCAACUUUGCGCUCGCGUUCUUUGUCCCGCCCGCGUUCACAAACAUCCAGUGGAAGACGUACAUCAUCUUUGCCGUCUUUUGCGUGUGCAUGGCCGUCAACGUCUUCUUCAUGUUCCCGGAAACGAAGGGAAAGACACUCGAGGAGAUCGACAUCAUCUGGGAAGAGCACGUCGCGCCCUGGAAGUCAGCCAAGGUCGACGUCUCGAACUUGGCCGCCAACCGCGCGCUAACCAGCAAGAACGAGAAGACCGCUGCGCUCGAGACCGAGCACCACGAGCAGAUGUCGUCGAAUGUCUCGACUGCCGAGACGGCGACGGAGAUGCAGGAGUUGGCGCGACCGGAGGCGGCGGUGACGCACCAGUCUGCAUAG